GAGCAAGCAUCCCAAAUAGCAUAGCAGAUCACAACAUGGCGGCGGUACAAUUCGGCCCUCACGAGAAGAUGACGCUUGACGCGGAGCUGUUGCAAGUGCUAACCGCCGGCGACAAGGUCCGCAUGGAGGAGAUACUGAGCAGACAAGACCAUGGUGCCGGCCACCGCCGCCAGCAAACAGCCGGCCAGGGCCACGUCGCGGUAAACGUCCAUGGCGCGACACCAAGCCGCUUUCUCCUAGGCGUGGCGAGCAACGGGAACACGGCUCUGCACCUUGUCGCCGCCAGCCGCGGCCACGUCGAGCUGGCGACGCUCCUCUGCGAGAGGGCGCCCACGCUGGUCACCGCGCGCAACAAGUGCCUCGACACUCCGCUGCACUGCGUGGCGAGGUUCGGCCAUGCGGAUGUGGCGGCUGUGCUCUUGCCGAGGAUGCGAGCCGGCGGGGCGGAGGAGGAGUCCGCGCUGCGCGCGAGGAACCAGUCGGGCGCAACCGCCUUGUACGAAGCCGUCCGGCACGGGCGUGCCGGUGUGGUGGAUCUGCUCAUGACGGAGGCUCCCGAUCUGGCCUCCGUUGACGGCGACGAGGGUGUCUCGCCGCUCUACCUGGCGGCGGUGACCGGCUCGAUCCCGAUGGUCCGCGCGCUGCUACGCCCGUCGCAAAACGGAACACCCUCGGCGGCGUUGUUUUCUGGUCCGGAGAGACGGACUGCUUUGCAUGCUGCGGCGGCUAGGAGCAGAGAAAUGGCUGAAGCAAUACUGAGCUCGAGCUGGGGGCCAGAAGGUCCAACGUUGCUAACCAGGGCUGAUUCGUCAGGGAGCACGCCUCUCCAUUUUGCAGUACUGUAUGGACGGCUUGAUGUAGUUGUGCUCUUCCUUGAUGGCCAUGCUUCCCUCGGGCUGGCUAGCAUUUCUGAUGGCAACGGGUCAUUUCCUCUGCAUAUUGCUGCUAUGGUGGGACAAACUAGAAUCAUGGAGGAGCUCAUACACAGAAUCCCUGACUGCUAUGAGAUGGUUGAUGGUAAAGGAAGAAAUAUUCUGCACUGUGCUGUGGAGCAUGGUCGGGAAACCGCGGUUCGCCAUAUUUGCCGGAAUGACAUGUUCUCGAUGCUGUGGAAUGCUACGGAUUCUGGAGGGAACACUCCACUCCAUCUGGCUGCCCAUCAUGGAUAUCCCAAGAUUGUCAUUUUACUACUGAAGACGACAAGUGUGAAGACAAGCAUUACCAACAACGAUGGGCUAACUGCUAUGGAUCCUGCUAUCCGUGCAAUAGUACCUGGCCGGAUGUACUAUUUCCAGGAUCCUCAUAUUAUUGUGCGCAGUUGUCUGGGCUGGUUGGGGGCAGCGAUUACUUUAGAUGGAGUCCACCUCCUUUAUCUUCGUAACGUGUACAACAAACCCACUCGUGAAGAAGCAUCACAUAAACAAGACAUGAUUACAGAAAGUAGAACAAUCGUGUCAGUGCUAAUCGCCACCAUGGCCUUCGGGGAGGACUCGUCUAAGACUUUGGAACACGUGUAUGUUGAUAAAUCCUCUCCAUCCGGCUCGACGCCAUAUCGCCUUCCCCAGCCCCAGAUGGAACGGAGCCCAGAUGCCAGGGAAGCAGAGAAGCACUGA